GCGCUGGGCUGUGAUUGGUGAAACGCUGGUGUCGUCACAGGAGAAGGAGGAGCUCGGCAGGAAACGAAAUGCUUGAACUCGGACACCCGAGAAGAAGAAGAGAAGAAGGGCGACGUGACGGAGACUCGUACCUGCAGCAGAGAUGGGGGGUCAGGUGUCUGUCGAGGGUGUCCAUGUGGUGGUGGUGGGCGGAGGAUUUGGCGGCAUCGCGGCGGCUCAGGACCUGAAAUAUCGAGGAUUCAGCUUCACUCUGAUCGACAUGAGAGACGCGUUCCAUCACAACGUGGGCGCUCUGCGAGCCUCCGUACAGCCAGGCUUUGCUCAGAAGACCUUCAUCCCGUACGCCACGACGUUUGGCGAGAGCUUCGUUCAGGGUCGAGUGGAGCUCGUCGACACCGACAGACAGAUGGUCAUCCUGGAGGGAGGGAGGGAGAUCCGGUACUCCCACCUCAUCCUGUGCACCGGGACCGACGGGCCGUUCCCCGGGAAGUUCAACGUGGUGGCGCCGUAUCACACGGCCGUCCAGAAGUACGAGAACUUCAUUGAACAGGUUCAGGCUGCAGACUCGGUGUUGGUGGUCGGAGGCGGAUCGACUGGUGUGGAGAUGGCUGCGGAGAUUAAGACAGAGUAUCCUGAUAAGAAGGUGGUUCUGAUCCACUCUAAACUCGCGCUGGCCGACCCGGAGCUCCUGCCCAGCGUCAGACGGGAGGCCCAGCAGGUUCUGGUGGAGAAGGGGGUGGAGCUCGUGCUGGGUCAGAAAGUGAGCAACCUGUCGGAGCUACCGCUGAACGUGAUGAAGAAGAACACGGAGGUCGUCACGGACAAAGGAGACACGCUGGUCACGGACCUGAUCGUCUGCUGCACCGGGCUCAGGGUCAACUCUGCAGCCUACAGCGCCACCUUCAAGGAAAGCAUGGAUGAAAAUGGGGCCUUGAAGGUCAACGAUCACAUGCAGGUCGAAGGUUUCUCCAACGUCUACGCCGUGGGCGACUGCGCCAACGUCAACGAGCCCAAGAUGGCGUACCACGCUGGCCUCCACGCUGCUGUCGCCGUGAGCAACAUCGCCAACAGUUUGAGCGGGAAGGCGCUGGCGUCGUAUGGCACAGGUAACGUCACCAUGCUGCUGGCGAUGGGCCGAGACGACGGCGUGGGUCAGUACAGCGGGAUCAGGCUGCCGCGCUUCCUCGUCGCCUGGGGAAAAAGUCGAGAUGUGCUGGUGUGGAAGAGCUGGAGGGACAUGAAGCAGAAACAGCCCUGAAACACACACACGCACGCACGCACGCACACACACACACGCACGCGUGCGCUGAUGAAGAAGCAUAACGAGCACAGAUUCAAUUGUAGGAACAUCUAAUCCGCCCACCAUCAUUACAGGACACCAUCAGAACAGCAUGCGUCACACAUCAUAACCCAAACAUCAGUGACACCUGUAGGAGGAGCUUACCUGUUUGUGUAACGCUGUGUUUACUCAAUAUUUGUAAUAAAGGAGAUGACUCAA